GUACAACCCAGCAUUAGAUCACGUGGUGCGGCGGAUUUGGCGGGAAGUGCGAAGGGAUUGAGUCUGGUCAGAAGUCGCUUUUAGUGCAGAGCAGUUUCCCUCCUGAACAACCGUUUCCUAACAGAGCGAUGCCAGCCACCAGGAAACCGGUGCGUUACGCACACAGCGAGGGACACACAGACAUCUGCUACGGACAGCACGGGAAGUACCUGAUCACCUGUGGUACUGAUGGAGAUGUGAGAGUCUGGGAGGGUCUGGAGGAUGAUGAUCCCAAAACCAUCUCUGUGGGUGACAAGAUCCAUGCUGUGGCGACAAAGGACAAUCGGCUGCUGACGGGAACAGACUCCAACACGGUCCAGGCUCACACCCUGUCUGAUGGUGCACCUGAUGGCAUCCUGGCCCGCUUCACUGCACCUGUCUCUCACCUGGUCUACAGCGAGUCUGGGAAACUACUGGCUGCAGGUGCCAGUGACUUUAACAUCCGAGUGUUGAAAGUGGAGGAUGAGGACAGCACUGGUCAGUCCCUGUUCACCGGACACCAGGCUCCUGUACUGAGUGUGGCUGUGGAACAAGAGGACAAGUAUCUGGCUUCCUCCAGCUGUGACGGAACAGUAGCUAUAUGGAACAUCACAGAAAAGAACCAAGUGAAAAGUUGGAACCUCCUCCCCAAGUGCAGUGAUAUCAGUGGGGCUAAAACUCUAUGCAGGUUGGCAUGGCAACCCAGAACUGGCAAGUACCUGGCUGUACCAGUGGAGAAGGAGGUACAGGUGUUUGAAAAGGACACUUGGGAAAAAGUCAUCACCCUCACAGAUCACUCAAUAGAACAGCCAAUUUCCCUGGUAGCCUGGUCUCCCAACGGAGUUCUGUUGUCAGCAGCCUGCGUGGAUGGCUCCAUACUUGUAUGGGAUGUGCUGAGCAAAAACUGUGUGGAGAGGGUAAAACAUGACAAGAGUCUGACCAUCUGUGGGCUGGUGUGGAACCCUGCAAAUGGCACUGAGAUCGCCUACACAGACGUGCAGGGCCAGCUGGGACUGGUAGAAAACGUAGCUCCAGGAUCGUCCAGCAAACAGUCGGAUGCAGCAGACGACCCCAUGGCAGCCAUGUUUGACGGAGAUGAUGAUGAUUUCCUCUUGUCAGCUGGUGACCAUGACAAUGGUUCCCAUGGCAACGCCCCAGGAGACCCUGAUGACGAUGACUCCAUGCCGGUGCCAACACAGAGGAAGCGUAUAAAGGCCAACAUUUUUGAUGAUGAUGAUGCUUCUAUAGGUACAGACAGUAUUUCCAUGAAGCCAGCAUCAGACGUACUGGAUGAUGUGGACAGCAUCUCAGGACUGCCGUCCCGGGCACCCCCCCAGCCGGUGUACCAGGGUCCCAAGCCCACCCCCCUGCAGCCAGCCUUCCAGCCAGGCUCCACCCCAGUCAGCCUGGCUCACAGGUUCAUGGUGUGGAACUCGGUGGGCGUUGUGAAGUGCUACAACAGCGAGGAGGAGAACUCCAUCGACAUCGAGUUCCACGACACGUCGGUGCACCACUCCAUGCACGUCACCAACCACCUGAACCACACCCUCGCCGCCCUGUCCGACCAGGCCGCGCUGCUCGCCUGCGAGGGAACAGACGACUCACCAAGUAAGCUGGUUUGUCUUCACUUCUCCUCCUGGGACAACUCCAAAGAGUGGACAACGGCCAUGACGGAUGGAGAAGACAUACAGGUGCUUGCCAUUGGUCAGGGCUGGGUUUCCGUGGCGACAGACAAUAGGCUGGUCCGUGUUUGGACGGUUGCCGGGAUACAGAAGGACGUAAUCAGCAUCCCCGGCCCAGUGGUUUCCAUGGCAGCCUAUGGAACACAGCUGUUGGUGGUGUACCACAUGGGCACAGGUAUCCCAGGAGACCAGUUGCUAGGCGCCCAGCUGCUGGAGGUGAUGGGCAAGAGGAGGAGGAAGGUGAUGGAGGGACAUCUCCCCAUCAACCCAAAAUCCACCCUCACAUGGAUAGGGUUCAGUGCUGAGGGCACGCCGGUGACCUAUGACUCCUCGGGCGUGGUGAGGAUGAUGAACAGAGGCCUGGGCUGCAGCUGGACUCCUGUCGCCAAUACUAGAAGUCACUGCAAGGGUAAAUCAGACAACUACUGGCUGGUUGGAGUCAACGAGAAUCCGCAACAACUCAGGUGUAUCCCAUGUAAAGGCUCCACGUUCCCACCUGUGCUGCCCCGCCCUGCUGUCACGGUGCUGCCCUUCCAGGUCCCGCUGUGUGAGCUGAACACGGACAAGAGUCAGCUAGAGGAGAGCUUCAUCAGAAGCCGGUUGUUCAGCGGGCACUUCCAGUUCCUGAGCUCGCAGGGCUGGGAGGUGGAUGACCACGCGCGUGCAGACGUGCAGCGGGAACAGGACGACACGCUCAUGAAGCUCUUCGCUCUUGCCUGCAAGGCAGACCGUGAAUGUCGAGCUGCAGAGCUGUGUGAACUGAUGGACGUGAACCGGCUCAACUUCGCCAUCAAGUACGCCAGCCGAGUCAAGCGCAUCGCGCUGGCAGAGUUCCUGAAUGACCUGGCCAGGAGGAAGGCUGAGGAGGAGGCUGAGGAACAGCAGGAGGAGGAGGAGGAGGAAGAGGAGCAGGACUUCAGAGGAUACCUGGAUGCUCAGUACAACCACAUUGAGACAGAGUGGUCCCAGCCCAGCACGCCAUCAGUACUCAGGAGCUCCGGCAGCUCCCGACAGGCGCCACGGCAACAACAGGUCCAGCAGGAGGAGGAGGAAAUGGAUGAUGGGGAAGAGCAGGAGGAGGAGGAGGCAGACAGCAGUAGAAGAUCAGCUCCCAUUCUCACUAAAAAUACAAAGUCGAUAUACCCAAAGACGUCACUCUCACUGACUCAGGAGAGGAAAAAUCCUUUCAAGGUGUCCUCCCAGCCCAAGACGCCCACUGAGACGCCCCGCGGCAGCAGUGUGUUCGACAAGAUGAAAAAGACGAGUCCUGGCAGCAGAGCCAAGAGCAAAACAGGCCCGAGUCCAAGAGGUGACCAGAAGACUGCCAACAAAAUGUCUGCGGUGAAUAAGAAACAAUCUACCCAGAGCACCUUACUGAUGGCUGCCAAGAAGCCCAGAAAGCAGGAGCCUGAGAAGCAGCCCAAGGCGUCUUCAGAGGGCCAGGAAGAAAACAAGAAGGUAGUGAAAGGGUUUGACCUGUGGUUUGAGCAGGAGCGGGCAGUGCUGCAGGAGGAGAACACGGAGGAGAGCGAGGCCGGACUGUUCCAGCUGGCCAUCCGGGGCUGGAGAAAACUGGACAAGCAGGACCAGAAGGACUGGAACGAGAAGGCCAAACAGAUGUCCAACACAUCUCAAGACGCCGACCUCAAGAAAAGGAAGCGUGAAUCCGAAAGUGAAGAAACCUUCCAAGGAGAUGAUGAGGGUCUUAAGGGAGAAAAUGUUGGAGACAAAAGACUUGAAGAUGCCGGCAGCCAAGCUAAAAAGAAGAGGCCCCUCUCUACCUCCGUCAACAGCAAACUGUCAGCGUUUGCUUUUAACAAAGACUAAAGUUUAAGCCAGGCUGUUUAUGUGCCUGGUGAGUAGGAUGGAGGAGUGCAGGCUGGGUGUGGAAGGAGAAGCAUCACAAGUGUUAUUUUUCUCCACCAUCAGAACUUCUUGAGAAACAACUACAAAAUAUGAAGAUUUAACACUUUUUAGUUUAGAUGCAGGAAGUCUUAUGAAAUUGAAAGUCACAUGUCUCCAUAGCUGUAGGUGAAGGUAAAGUGCUUGGAAAUUUUUGCACUACAAACCAAGUAAAAAUCUGAAAAUAAAAUAUUGAUUAUGACACUACUAAUACAGAUUUGUAUAUUCUAAUGAUAUUAGACUUAGAGGAAUCAAGUUUUUUUACAGCUGUUGAUUGUGUUGAACCAACAAUAAAUUAUCCAGUUGUUUUAACUUUAA